GGCUGAAACGCUUAGCUCGCGUGCCUCGUACCGAACAUGCUGGGAUGGUUGUCAAUAACUGGGUCCAACAGGUUUUUUUGGAGGGGAAUCUUCAGACACUUAAAGACCUUGAGGUACCAAGAAGGUUAUUGAAAGAGACAGAAUGAGGAAGUCCCUGUCUUUCAUCCUCUGGGCUCUGCUCUGCUCCUGCUGCUGCUGGACAACACAGGCAGAGAUCUUCACUUCCAUAAGCCAGAUGACAGACCUGAUCUACACAGAAAAAGAGUUGGUCCAGUGUCUGAGUGAAUACAUAAAAGCAGAGGAGUCCAAGCUCGCCGCGGUCAAAAGCUGGGCCAACAAACUUGACACUCUGACCAGAAUGUCCACCUCUGACCCAGAGGGCUACCUCGCCCACCCAGUGAACGCCUACAAACUGAUGAAGAGACUCAACACAGAGUGGUCUGAACUGGAGACUCUGGUGCUUCAGAACCCCUCUGAUGGGUUCAUUUCCAACAUGUCCAUACACCGGCAGUUCUUCCCCGAUGAAGAGGAUGAGAAGGGUGCAGCCAAGGCAUUGAUGCGUCUGCAGGACACGUACCAACUGGAUUCUGAGGCCUUCUCCAGAGGAAAGCUGCCAGGUACGCACUCCUACGCCACACUGACAGUGGAGGACUGCUUCGAUAUGGGAAAGACGGCUUAUAAUGACGCAGACUAUUACCACGCCGUGCUGUGGAUGCAGCAGUCCUUAAAGCAGCUGGACGGCGGCGAGGAAACUGUGGUUUCCAAGGCGGACAUUUUGGACUACCUCAGCUACUCUGUUUACCAAAUGGGAGACCUUCCUCGGGCCAUUGAGCUGACACGCCGGCUGGUGGCUAUCGACUCCAACCACCAGAGGGCAGGAGGAAACCUGCGUUACUUUGAGGGGCUGCUGUCGAAGCAGCUCAAUGAGCUGAACCAGGACUACCAGCCGGCCUCUGAGGAGCCCAUCCAACUGGGAACCUACACGAGACCCAAGGACCAUCUCCCAGAGAGGGAGGUCUAUGAGGCUCUGUGCAGAGGAGAGGGGCUCCAGAUGAACGACGCGAGGCGCAGCCGUUUGUUCUGUCGCUACCAGGAUGGUAAGAGGAACCCUCGUCUCCUGCUGAAGCCCAUGAAAGAGGAGGAUGAGUGGGACAGUCCCCACAUUGUGCGCUACCUGGAAGUCCUGUCGCACGAGGAGACUGAGAAGAUUAAGGAGCUGGCUAAACCCAGGCUUUCCAGAGCAACUGUCCGUGACCCCAAAACAGGCGUCCUGACCACAGCCAACUACAGAGUAUCAAAAAGUGCAUGGUUAGAAGAAGAGGAUGACCCUGUCAUUGCCAGAGUCAACCAGAGAAUAGAAGACAUCACAGGCCUCACAGUAGGCACUGCAGAGUUACUACAGGUCGCUAACUAUGGAGUUGGAGGGCAGUACGAGCCACACUAUGACUUCUCAAGGCGUCCUUUUGUCCACUUGAAUCACGACGGAAAUAGACUUGCUACCUUCCUGAACUACAAAGAUGAGCCAGAUGCUUUCAAAAGAUUAGGCACUGGAAAUCGCGUGGCAACUUUUUUGAACUACAUGAGCGAUGUCGAGGCGGGAGGAGCCACGGUCUUCCCCGACUUUGGAGCAGCGAUCUCGCCUAGAAAGGGGACGGCAGUUUUCUGGUACAAUCUGUUUAAGAGCGGGGAGGGAGACUAUAGGACCAGGCAUGCAGCCUGUCCCGUCUUAGUAGGAAGUAAAUGGGUGUCAAACAAGUGGAUCCACGAGCGAGGACAAGAGUUCAGGAGACCCUGUGGUCUGACAGAAGUGGACUGAAGUUUGACACGCACGCGCACACGCACGCACGCACGCACGCACGCACACACACACACUCUCAGUAGUGCCUUAAUUCUGGCAAUGAUGCAACACGGAGACUCAUUACUCAACACUUGGUCUUCUCUGCCUCACCCUGUCAACAUCACAAAGACAUUUGUAUAACAAAAUGAUGACAUUGUUAAAUGAGAUCUGGUUGGAUAAUUCAUUAUAUUUUCAGUCAUGCGUCCCCACACCAUCCCCACUUAGGUGAAUUAAGAAUAGUAUAAUAAAAAUGUGUACUGUAAAACACAAAGCUAUAUCUGUACACCUAUUUUACAUUAUUAUACAUUAUUUCGUCAUUAAAUUAAAAGUUUUUGGCAGAUCCAAAUGAGAUGUGCCAAAUCUUUUUUACUUACUGAUAUCAAAAAAAACAAUUAUUUUUGGUCUCAGUCCCCCAGACUGCUCCACUAAGCUUUAUCUUUACACAGUUAGAAGAGACGUUUAACUUUUCAAAGUAAAAGCAUUAGUGGUGAUACAGAGAAGCCGUUAAAAACCAAAACAUACAGGCGGUGUAAAGAAACCAAAUGGUGUCAGAGCAGGUCAAUGUCAUAUGCACAUUUCUUAAAGAGAAAGAAAAUAUACAUAUUAUAUAUUAACAUUUUAAUGAAUAAGAAGCAGCAACUGAGGGAAGAACGAUUUGUAUUAGUUUUUGAUAAAUAUUGAAAAAUGCUUUUGGUGAUGGUGUCAGACUUGUUGACCCAACUGUAGAUUACAUUCAGAGAUUACAAAUUACACCAGAGUUGAUGAUUAUUUUACAAUUCCCUACAGUGUGAACACUUUUUCUUUGGGAAGGACUGAAAACAUAUUCGGCUGCCAACUAUCAGAAAUGUAAAAAAAAAACUAUGGGCUGGCAUUUUGCUCUAUUAAGAGGUUCAUUUAGGAAACAGUCUUAAGAAAAACUACUUUUAUUUGUUACUUUCAAUUGUUUUUAGACAAACAUUGGCUUUACUGUAUCUUCAUUACUUACACUAACAACUCCCGUCACUCCAUUCUUUAUCAUUUGCACCCAAAGUGUUUCAUUUUCCUUUAAACCCGACAGAAACGUUUCCUCCAAAUCAUGUCCAUGAUGUUUUUAUUUAUCUAGUGUUUAAAUUAUUACAUUGUUACAUGUUGUGCUUUAUCGACAAGAUGGCAAACGAGCAAGUCAAUAAACAGUGUCUUUUAUUAAAAUGUGUUAUGUACCAUGUUA